UCUGUUACCAAGGCUGACAGGGACUCCGGCUACAAGACUCCUCCUCAUGCACUGUCUGACCAGGAGGGAGAACUCAUCGACUACUCCAAACCAAAGAAGAAACUAUUUGUGAACAGUAUAGAACAGGAGACGAGCGAUCCUGGGGUAGGACUGUCGGUGGAAUCUAUCGACGGAGAAGAGACUCAGACCAGCUCAACCCCAUCAUCAGGGUCCUACGGGGAGACACAGAGAACUCACAGCUCCCUAUCCAACCAGUGGUCAGAGUUUGAUCCUCUUGUGUCCAUCCCAGAGAUGGGCAGUCUGGAGGACUCUCCACGACAGGGGUUGGGAGUGUCACCAGCAACCUUCCAUAGAACACAAGACACUGUGCUCAACCAGUCCAUACAGAACAGGUCCAUGCUGUCAGAGACGUCUGAUGGAGGGAAGGUGCAGACGUUCUACCCCAGGCUGCUGGACAGCCAGGGAAACCAACCCUCCACACACGGGAAGAGGAGCCAGAUGUCAUCCUCCGGGUAUGCAGAAAUUGAGGAGGUCAGCCCAGGAAAUGGUCACAUCCCAACUCAGCCUGAGGGCAGCAGUGAUGAGACGGAUGAUGACGUGUUUGAUGGACGCAGGAGGACCAGCAGAACAAUCCUGCCCACCAAGAAGCUUCGGAACAAAGGCAAUGCUGCCUUUAAGCAAAUCAAAGCAUCUGCCCUGAAUUUGAAGAGAAAACCAAGUAGAGAUUCCACUACAAAAAUACAGGAGCACAUAAUCAAGCUUGCUGCUAAUAAGAACAGCACGUUUGGUCUGACCAUAGACAACUUCAUCCAGUGUACCCAGGAGAGUGCUGAGACCAACCCUGCUGUAGUCAUCAGAAAUGUGCGACAGUUCAUGAGUGGGAUGAAGAACUUCCUGCUGACCCAGGGGGAGGCCAACCUGGACGAACUCAUACACAAGGAACAGCAGAAGCAUGACCGUAGGAACCCCCUGCCUCUGGACACCAUCAUUGAAGGUGCCCUGUUUGAGUGUGUACUGAAACAUCUCAGGUUGCACAUAUACAAGUGUUACAUCCAGCAAUACACCAGGUCAGGGGAUCUGGACACUCUCACAAGAAACAUGAAGGCUGCCAGACGACAAACACCUGAGGAACUUGGAGUUAAGGCCAGCAUUGUUCCCCCCACUGGCUCCAGUCUGGAUGUGAUCCGAGAUUUCCUCCACUGUAUGGAGCAGGAGCACUCCCCACCCAAGAAGCUGGAGUAUCUCCUGGCUGCCGUGUCAUCCAUAUACAACAGUGUAAAGGAUACCAGCAGCAAGGAGAGCAGCACACUGUCUAUGGGAGCUGAUGAUUUCCUCCCUGUCUUCAUCUAUGUACUGGCCCACUGUAACCUGAUCCAUGCGGAGAUAGAGGCAGAGUACAUGUGGAGCCUGCUGAACCCACACCUGGUGAACGGGGAGGGGGGGUACUACCUCACCACCCUCAGUAGUGCCAUCCAUGUGCUCAAGAACCUGGAGAACACUGAACCAACCACCAGUAGCAGGGAGAGAGUGCCCAGUGUGAGUGAUGUGCAGGGGUUCAUGAAGAUUGCCAUCUUCAACCACAACCACGGCACCAUCGUGAACAAGACGCUGCCUGUUCGGCAGGACAUGACUGCCAAGGAAGUCUGUUCCAUGAUCAGCCAUAAGUUUAAGCUGGCAAAUGCAGAUAACUUCAAACUGGUGCAAGUCGUAAAAGGAGAAGAGACCCAGAUACCAGACAAUGCCUUCCCCCAGUCAGUGCGAGCACAGCUUGCAGCAGAAGGAAAACCCUGCAUGUUUGUGUUCAAGAGCAAGGGGGCUAAAGUCAUCAGACCAGCUGCUAGAUGACAACACUACUACAGGAAAGAUUUAGGGUGCCAGUACCGACUGUCUUAGUUAAAUGGUAUAGGAUUUGUAUAGAAAGCAAUGUAUUUUGGUGAAAUACUGAACUUUGAUGAUAGUAUAGUAUGAACUGUAUGAUGAUGUACAAAGAUUUUCUGGAAAUAUAGGAAUGUCACUGAGUUAAUGAAGCAUUUUGGGGUAUAAUAGAUAGAAAUUAGUAUAUUUUCCAGUGUUCGCAUCUUGUCUUCCAACACACAAUGUGUGUUUACUUCAGGGUCUUCCAGCAAUAGGAAUGUCACUGCUAAUUCUAACACACAUUUAGACCCAGGCUGUACCCGCACAGUACUGUAGGUUUGACACUCAACACUGAAGAAAAUACUCAAGGGCUAACAAGUGUUAGAUAUAUUUUUCAAAGAUACCAUAUGUGUAGAUGUAUCUUAAACUAUAGGAAUGUCCAUGUUCCAAGAUAUGGGGAUCAUUUUAAUCCACACAGUAUCUCCAUAUAACGUUAUGUGUGCUAAUGUCAGGUGCUUUCAGAAGGAAGUAGCACUAGGUCAUAGAAUAGAAGUUUUUGCAUACUACGUGUGGAAAAUAAGUAAUACAAACUCAGUAAAGCUCAGGCUCCAGCUCUGGUUUUCCCUCAUUUUUGGUCCUCAGGUAGCCAUAUCUGUCCAAGCUACUGUAUGUACAAAUGUGUUAUCUGUUUAUGACUGUUCUGUUUGCUUUUAGUUGUUGACUUGUUUCUGAAAUGCUGUACUAAUUUCUACUAAUUGCGUGCCUAUCUUUCCUUUUUUACGUAUUUAAGUUACGGUUUAUUUGAAUGAUUAUGUGGAAAGGAUUGUUAACCACUAAACUCUUUAAUUCAUCUUGUGAGCAGGAUGAAGUAAGAUGAACUGAUCAUUGGUGCCAAGAGUGAGUGAAAGUGAUCAUCACUCAUGUCUUAUUUCGAUAAUUUUGUAUUUAUUCACAGAUACUGUAAUUAAUAAAUAGGUUUAUUAUUUUCAAUCACAUGUACAGCUCUUCAACAAUUGUUUAAAGUAUGUUGAGCAGUUUGAUUUGUUCAUCUGAGAUGACACACCAAAUCAAGAUUUUCUAUUGUAUUGAUGCACAAAUUGCAUGCCAAAUAAAGUUACACUUUUACAUGUU